CCAAAUAUGCUCUAAGCUUAAAACGGGAAUUCCAGCAAAGUGAUUAGCUGCUGAGCUUUAAAGCUUUAUUGAUUUUGAAAAUUUCAUUGUUUAAAAUUGUGAUCGAUUUAAAGUCGCAAAGAAGUGUCCAACCUUCAGUGAAAUUUAAUAGCAAAUUAGUUAACAUUUGUUUGAUUUAAGGGGAAUUACUAGGUUAUAAUUGAUAACGUCCCACCAGCCACUAGAUCCGGGUGACUAAUCACCCAUUCGAGUGCUUGUAUCGUAUCGGCUUAUUGUUGCAGGGUUUAUUUAUUUUUUUAAGUCAAAAAUGCCAGCAAUAGACAGCAAUCUUUACGGCUGUUUGCUUCCGCCUACACGUACAUUAUCAAAUGCAACGAGAUACGGCGCUUCGUUGGAUUGACCAUAUCGCUUGUGCGAAUUCAAACUUCACUUGCUGUGUUCAUUGAUGCGUACUUCAAGGGGAUCGGCCGCUCACGGGAGGCCCUCGGCAUUGUUAUUGUCCGUGGUGCUGCUACUACUACCGAUUGCCGUAGUACAUUGCCAGCAGUGGGGUGACCCAAAGUUUGUUAGCGAAAAUACAGAAAACAUAUCACUGGCCGCAUUUAACGAGGCGGUGCUGCAGCAAGAUGUAUGGAUGGUGGAAGAGAUUCCCGCACCAUUCGUACUGCUGUGUCUAAACUACCAAGGGCCACCGGAACCAAGCAUACGGCAAGCUCCAUCCAAUCUCGAGGUGGAGCUCAAGCGUGCGAACGAUGACCGCUGGUGCAUCUACAUCAAUCGCCGCCAGGACUACGAGGUGGACAAACAUAGUAACGUCAUUUUUCUGGUGGUGGAAAACCCUGCCAUACCGUACACCAUCUCGGUGACACUGGUUAACGUCCUUGACAAUGCGCCCGUAAUGACGGCGGAGGGGGCCUGUGAGAUUGAAGAGCUGCGUGCCGACUUCGAUACGGACUGUCUGUUUAACGUGUACCAUGCGGAUGGGUACGAGGUAAAUGGUAUUGGCAAUUCGAGCACGAACGAGCUGUCCUUUGCGAUCGACGAUGCGGCCGGUGCUGGUGAGCAUUUCCAGUACGUGGCGUCAACUCAAACGCAUCCCCAGCCGAACUACAACAAGCUGUAUCAUUUGAGAGUUAUCAAAGCGCUAGACUACACGGAGAAAGCUAUCUUCAACUUUAUCACCACCGUGUACGAUCUGGAAAGGACACACUCGUUCAACAUGAGUACCAUCAUACAGGUGCGCAAUGUGGACAGCCGGCCGCCAAUUUUCAGCCGUCCGUUCACCAGCGAACGUAUCAUGGAAAAGAACAAGUUUGAAACGCGCGUAGUCGCCAUCGACAGAGACACCGGUCUGAACAAACCGAUUUGCUACGAACUGACGACGGCUGAUCCCAAAUAUCAAAAAUAUUUCGAAAUUGGACAAACGGACGGAUUGCUCACGGUACUUCCUAUCGAUCGUGAUGCGGAACAGAAUGAACUGUACAUAUUUACGAUUGAAGCCUACAAAUGUCACAACAAGCUGCUAAGUACAUCCAGCGAAGGAGCCAUCAUUUUGGAAGAUAUAAAUGAUAACUUUCCGGAAAUAGCUAUGAGUCCCAUUGAGUUAGACUUUUGGGAAAAUACUGUAAUGGAACUAAACUUCGACCAGUUUACGAUAAACGAUCGGGAUCUGGGUGAACAUGCCCGGUACAAUGUCCGUUUGACAGAAACGGUGGCCGGCGUACAGCAGGCAACGACCUCGUUUACCAUCAUCCCGGAGAGUGGUUACCAGCUGGUGUCGUUUACGAUCAACAUAAUUAACGCUUCCCUGUUGGAUUACGAACUGCCUGAAAGGCAGACGUUUCUCCUCCACGUUACCGCACAGGAACCGAUCGAACUGACGCAUCAAAACACACAGACAGUAGCGAUACGGCUACGGAAUUGGAAUGAUGAGGUGCCAAAGUUUAGCGGGGAGUAUUACCAAACGAGCGUGCUGGAAACAGUCGGUGCUGAGACACUGUUAGCGACAGUCGCCAUUACCGAUCGUGACGUUGACGAUAGUAUCAAGCUGACGGUUUUGGGACGAUUGUCCGAAAGUUUGCAAGUGAUUCAAUUACCGGUCAGCAUCGAUCCUACAUCCAGUGAACCAUUGUAUCAGUUUGAAAUUAAAACCAAACAAGCUGACAUUUUUGACUACGAUAUCGCCAAUGAGGUGAUCGUACAGCUACAGGGUGAGGAUACACUGCGUACAGAGAAAAAUGAACCAAUACAUCAGAUCUUUUCACAACUGACCAUUACCGUGAUCGACGUCAAUAACAAACCUCCACAGAUUAGUUUACCCCGCAGUACGAUGCACAUUCUCGAGAACUCUGUCGCCGAAAGUGAGGUUAUUAUUGGGGAGGAAGAAGUGGCACAGAUCAUCGGUACCGAUCCAGAUACGGAAGCGGAGUUGGAAUUUAGCAUCGAUUGGAGCAAUAGCUAUGGGACAAAGAGUGGAGUUCGUGCUAAGGCUGAAACAUAUGAAAACUGUUUCUACAUACACGAGGUGAAGGAAAAUCGACAACGAACCAUUGGUACCAUAAGGGUGAAUCCUGAAUUUCAGCAAGAUGUAGAUUACGAAAUGUACGAUACACUGUUUCUGUCGAUUCGGCUGAUCGAUCGAAAUCAGACAAUUAUGCCGAACAUGGCAGAAACGGUAGUGGCGAUCCAGAUAGACGAUGAAAAUGAUAAUCCACCUUUCUUCGCCAAUGAGACGCUAACGGUGGAACGAUCGGUAAAGGAACAAUCGGAUAGCGGUGUAACUAUCGGUAACAUCAUAGCAUACGACAUUGAUGGUCCGGGUAAUAACGAAAUGACCUUCACCAUGGAACCGUUAGAUCCAGCCCACAAAGAUUGGAUGGAGAUAGAUCAGAACGGUAUUAUAAGGGUGAAAGCGAAUCAAUCCAUCGACUGUGACACACCGCCCACCAAUGUGGUGCUGCAAAAAGUUACCGUGUCCGACUGGAAAUGGAGCACCUCGCACGAUUUUACGAUUGUACUGAUGGACACGAACAACAAGCAACCCUAUCACGAUCCCUUUCCGGACGAGGGUCGGGUGUAUAAGUUCGAAAAAAUUCCCUCCAACACGGAAAUCGUGCUGGUGGAGGGCAAGGAUAAAGAUCGCGAUGUACCAUACCAUACCGUAUCGUACGAGAUCAACUAUCGUGAUUUUCCACAGCUGCAGCGGUACUUUGAGGUCGAUAGUGGCGGUCGGGUGUAUGUGAAGGAAAACAACGAUCUGCUCGACCGUGAUGCGGGGCUGGCAAGCAUUAUGAUCAACAUCGUGAUGGUGGAUAAUGCGGGUGGAUUUGGCAUUCAAAACCGUGUAUCGACCAACAUCAAUGUGAUGCUGCUCGAUAUCAACGACCACUAUCCGGAACUUCCAGCGCUCACAACCGACGAGUUGCAAGUAUCGGAGGACUUCAAACAGAACUACAUUAUGAAGGCGAAUUUUACUGCAAUCGAUCUGGAUGAUAGGGAAACGCCGAACGCAAAGAUUAAUUACUACGUGCGACAGAUUUUACCCGCGCGGGAAACUGCAAUAUUCACCCUCGAGCGUAUCGACGAGUACAGUGCUUCGCUAAAAGUGGCACAAGAUUUAAAAGGUUUCCACGGCACAUACACGCUGGAAGUUGAGGCUUGCGAUAGAGGUAGCGAGUACAGGCCGGAUAUUGAACUUCCAACACCGGCGGUAAAUAACUGCGCGACACGCGAUUACGAAGUGGUAGUUAUGCCAUUUAAUUAUAACAGCCCAACCAUUACUUACCCCACCCGAAAUGCACAGAUCCGUCUGAAAUACGAAUCAUUAAAAAAUGGUACUACCCUGGUCGAUACGAAUGGAUCUAAUUUGCCGAAUUUUGCUGCCGUUGAUGAUGAUGGUGGCAUAUACGGACACGUUACGUUCUCCCUUCGAAGCACCAAUGAUAACGAUAAAGACCAUGAGAUAUUCCGGGUGGAACCGGUGGACGAGAAAUCGGGCCGUCUCGUGCUGGAAAACGAUCAAGCGGUCGAACCGUUUCCGAAAAAUUACAGCCUUACCGUGAUUGCGAGAGAUGGGGGCGACAAGCAGACGGAAACUUCUAUCUAUAUCGUCUUUAUAAAUAUGACGGGCGAACCGGCCUUUUUGCAGACGUCCUUCGAUACAAAUUUUACAGAAAAUGAAGACGGUCUAGACGAGAUACGGCAAUUACCAUUCGCUGAGGAUCCGAAGAAUGCCGGCCUGCCACCUGGUGCCCAAACGAACGUAUUCUACUUCAUCGACGUGAAGUACGGUAAUGCGAGUCACCUGUUUGCGCUGGAUGCGGAAACAAAUGUGCUCCGUUUGGCCCGGAUGCUCGAUCGGGAAGAGAUACCGUCACACGAAAUACGAAUCGUUGCUACCAACAACGAAAAUGGUCCACCGGCAACGGUCGUCGACGAAUCAUCCCCAUCGGUGCUGGUCGUACGGAUCAAGGUGAACGAUGUGAACGAUAAUCCGCCAGUGUUUCAGCAACGGUUCUAUGCGGCCGGUAUCACCACGAACGACCGGGUACAGAAGCCACUGUUUCGCGUCUACGCCGAAGAUCCGGACGAGGAUGAAAUCAUCCGGUACGAGGUGGUGGACGGUUCGGAACAAGCGGUUGGUGAAAACCUACAAACGGACACGUUGCCCUUCCGGUUACAUGAAACCAGCGGGGAGCUAACGUUGGUACAAAAGGUACAGCCCAACCAGAAGGGAUACUAUCAGUUCACCAUCAUUGCGUUCGAUAAGGACGAUACGCACAACGAUACGGUGGAGGCGAAGGUGUACAUCGUGUCCGAAUCGAACCGUGUGACAUUCGUGUUUUUGAACAGCGUCGAGGAGAUUGAUCAGCCGGACGUGCGAGACUUUCUCGCCCUCCAAUUGAGCGCAUCGUACGGAAUGCAGUGCAACAUCGACGAUAUCGACCAGGCGCUUAUCGAACGGCAGGAAGGAUCCGGCAGCAGCACUGCCCUGACGGAUGUUCGAACCCAUUUCAUCCAGGACAAUCAGGCGGUGGAAGCCAGCCGGAUACAGCAAAGGUCCUCGAACCGUACCUUCGUCACCGAAUUAAAGGCCUCGCUGCGGCUACGCAACCUUUCGCUUCAGGAUGUCCCACCGCCGACAGCGGAAUCGUUGUCCGAGGCGGACGAAACGCUGCAGAUAAUCCUGAUUGUGGUAUCCGCGGCCCUUGCCGUACUGUGCGUGAUUCUGUUCGUGGCGUUCUUCAUCAAGAUUCGGAGCUUGAACCGCCAGCUGAAGGCACUGUCCGCCACGGACUUUGGCUCUAUUUCGUCCGAGCUGAACGGGAAACCGACGCGCAACGUUCCGACGACGAAUAUCUUCUCCAUCGAAGGAUCUAACCCGGUGCUGAACGAUAACGAGUUCGGUCGUAAGGGUGGUGGAGUUUACGAUGAUCUUAGCCUUCAAUCGGAAGAAUCCGAUUUCACCGAUAUGGAUAAGGAUAUAUUCUCGCCGAAGCGAAAGGAGAGCCUCAAUCCUGCCUUUCUGGAACAUUUACGUCAGCGCUCGUUAAAUCCAAUGGCUAACGGAAGGGACAAAAGCAUCGAAGUCAUAGAUGGUUCCAAUCAUAAAAAACUGGACGAAACCGACGACGAACUGUCCCAUCGGUUCUAACCGUUGCCAAUUCGGGUAUUUUAAUGGCAAUGUUUUCCGUAUUAAUUUUAGCUGUAAAUACGUUUUACUGUUAUUGGAUGAAAUGUGGUAGAUAACGGUGUCUUAAUUCGGUAUGUUUCUAAUCACUACAAAAUGACUUCUGAUGCGUGUGGGAGGAUUUUUUGUUGUUUGCUGAUACCACGACGAUACACAACAGCGCCGUAAAAGCUACCACACACAGGCAUGGUCCGGCUGUGACAGUUUUUUUUUAUCUGUAUAUAAUAAAUAAACGAAAAAAUCAUAGGAUGUGGAAAAAAAACCAAUCCUUCCAUCUUGAA